AUGAAAAGCCAAGAAAAUUUCAAAACCCUCAAGCUGCUGAUGAGACUGCCGACAGCGCUAGAUAGCCUGCCGUCAGGGACUUCGCGAGACCUGCAAGAGAGCAUUCGCGACGUCUUGGGUCAAGGAGGCCUCCGCCAGGACUCAGGCGCGCGUGUGCACGAGGGAAAUGUUUAUUCAUCAGAUCAGCAUAAUGAGAACAGCUCUGAAAACCAGGCUCCCUCAGGGCUAACCUGUGCAGUCUGCAGGUCGACCUACAACGCGCACGAUCGUCGUCCGCUUAUCUUCUCCAGCUGCGGCCACACCUUCUGCGAGGAAUGCCUUAGGACGGAGAACCGCAAGAGUGUGUUCCAGUGCCCUUGCGGCAGGACCGCGACCAGUUCCGGACGCUGA